AUGGCCGUCAACGAGUCCCUGCCCGUCGUGAACGAUCUUGGCGGUGCUUUGAUGAGAAUAGGCUACAUCACCGACCGUCCGCCGGUUAACCUUACAGCCGACAACGAUCUCGAUCUCUACGAAACCGCCCUGACUAUCCAACGCUCGACCCUGCACCAGUGGCGAAACCCGAGCAAGACAAAGUGA